AUGAAGUUGUCCACGGUCACUACCGGUGUUAUCGGCCUUGCUGGGUCUGUUCUGGCCCAGACGGAUUCUACUCCGUUUGUCGAUGCCGACACUGGAAUCACUUUCCAAUCUUACACGAGUACCGACGGAAUCACCUAUCGAUUAGCUCUUCCGGCUGAAGCUACCGGCGAUGCUGGUUAUGAUGUGAUCCUUCAAAUCGUCGUGCCAAUUGCAUUGGGUUGGGCUGGAUGGGCUUGGGGUGGUGCUAUGACCUACAAUCCCUUGACCGUCGUAUGGCAUGAUGGCAACACGGUUCAGCUCUCUUCGCGCCAGGCUACCGGAUACUACGUGCCCGCCACGUACGCUGAUGCCAAGUACACCGUUCUUAAGGGUACUAGCGUCAAUGAGACACACUUCAAGUUCACAGCUCUUUGCACGGGUUGUGCUAGCUGGACCGACUUCGAUGGUAACCCAUUCAUCCUGAACGGCGCGGGUGACACCAACUUCGCGUACGCGUUCUCGAAGACGGCGGUGGAAGAGCCAGCGAACCCCGACUCGGGCUUCAGCAUCCACGACAACGUUGGACGAUGGAUCCACGACCUAGCGGGCGCGAGAUCGGACAAGUUCAAGGAGUGGGUGACGACUAACACCCCCGCGUAG